GAAAUAAAGCUACUAUGAACCUUCUUGUCUGUGUCUCCUGGUGCACAAGGACAUGCAUUUCUACCUAGCAGUGGAAUCUGAGUCAUAGGGUAUAUGUAUCUUCAUUUUAGUACUUAACAUCCAACUAUUUUCCAAAUUUAAACGUCCACCAGCAAUGCACAAGAGUUUCUGGUUGCUCUACAUCCUCAUCAACACUUCAUGUUGUCAGUCUUUUUCUCUGCAGGCAUUUUGGUGUGUGGGUAACAAUAUCUUAUUGUGGUUUUAAUUUUCGUUUCCCUGAUUACUUACGAGGUUGAGCACACUUACACGUUUACUGACCAUUUGGAGACACUAAUUUUUGAGUGCUUAACAGUCUUUGGCCCACUGAAUGGCAGAGAUCUUCCUAGACAUCAAAACUAAUUUACAGGCUGACAGAAUCCAGCUACAAGAUCUUUCCGUUAGUAAGAAACAGGGAAAGGAAAGGAUUCCCUCAGGAGAUUUUUUUGCUACAGAUCAAACUACUAUUCUGAUGAUUCUCUGUUAAGUAGGACCAACUUCAACAAAAUGAUUAAUACAAAGUAUAAGACCGGAAUACAGAAAAAGCACAACACAGUCUCACAAUCUGAGAACUGUGAGGAAAUAUCCGUGGGUUACACCAUCCAUACUACUGUGUGUCCUCAACACACUCUGCUGUUGGCGUGCAGAACAAAUUCAGUGUGCGUGCAAAGCACUCAGACCCCUGCCUGAUGAUUACGCACCUCUGAUCACCACUGAUAAUACAGAGAAGAGCAAUGGUAGAGAUAAGAAAAAAAUCCUAAGUAACUCUUUUUAAACCAACACCUUCAUACAACCUCACAGACACAUAGUUACUGGUUCAGUAUGUGUGUGAUUGAGGUAUGAACCAGUAUACCUCAAUCACACACACACUAGUAUAUAGGUUUGGAUUUAAGUAACUCAAUAACACAUCUCUCAUUUCUUUACCCGCUCUGACUCUGCACAAUCUCUUUUUCUUCUAAACUGCUACUUCCCCAUAUUAUUGGGUAUUUUUCCCUAUAUAGUCAUCUCCUAUAUAUACUACCUCCUUUAACUGUGAGACCAGAAUCUUUGGAAGGUGUCCAUGUACAUCACAAUAACCAGAGAUUCUACUCAACUGGCUAUCCUGGGGAUUCUGCUUGGAUCUCUAGUCAGUUAGUGAAAUGUCACACAGCAAGCUCUUGGCCUGGGGCCCUGUAGAAUUUCAGUGGGUCCAGGACUGAUUUCACUACCAUGGAAAAGCCUUCUCCUAAAAUCCUCUAAGUGAGAGAAUCUUUAAUAUCUUUAGGGAACUCUACUUUCAAUGCUGAUUUAGAUCUAUUUUAACUAGAAUGAUCUAUCACUUUGGUUAUGUGGGUUCAACUUGUUUGCUGUGAGAACUGGGUAUACCACAAAAUGUUCCUCUCAACUACAGUCUUCUGACGGACAGGAGUUUCUAAGUGUCAUGGUCACCAACAAGCUAUAAGAUGACCACCCCUCACAAUCAAGUUCAACUUGGCCCUUCUAACGACUCCCAUCCAGACGAAUACAAAAUCGCAGCCCUCGUCUUCUACAGCUGCAUCUUCAUAAUUGGAUUAUUUGUUAACGUCACUGCCUUAUGGGUUUUCAGUUGUACCACCAAGAAGAGAACCACUGUAACCAUCUAUAUGAUGAACGUGGCAUUACUGGACUUAAUAUUUAUAAUGAGCUUACCCUUUCGGAUGUUUUAUUAUGCAAAAGGUGAAUGGCCAUUUGGAGAAUACUUCUGCCAGAUUCUUGGGGCUCUCACGGUGUUUUAUCCGAGUAUUGCGCUAUGGCUUAUUGCUUUUAUUAGUGCUGACAGAUACAUGGCCAUUGUACAGCCAAAAUACGCCAAAGAACUGAAAAACACCUGCAAAGCUGUGCUAGCAUGUGUAGGAGUCUGGAUAAUGACCCUGACAACCACCAUCCCCCUCCUCCUGCUCUAUGAAGACCCAGAUAAAGGCUCCACCCCUGCCACCUGCCUGAAGAUUUCUGACAUCAUCCACUUAAAAGCUAUUAACAUGUUGAACUUCACUCGACUGAUAUUUUUUUUCUUGAUUCCUCUGUUUAUCAUGAUUGGGUGUUACUUGGUCAUUAUUCAUAGUCUCCUUCAUGGUAGGACGUCCAAGUUGAAACCAAAAGUCAAGGAGAAGUCUAUACGGAUCAUCAUCACACUCAUGGUGCAGGUGCUCGUCUGCUUUAUGCCUUUCCACAUCUGUUUUGCUUUCCUGAUGCUGGGAGGGGACGACAACAGUUACAAUCCCUGGGGAGCCUUUACUACCUUCCUCAUGAACCUCAGCACCUGUCUGGAUGUGAUUCUCUACUACAUUGUUUCAAAACAAUUUCAGGCUCGAGUCAUUAGCGUCAUGCUAUACCGCAAUUACCUGAGGAGCGUGCGCAGAAAAAGCUUCCGAUCAGGUAGUUUACGGUCACUAAGCAACAUAAACAGUGAAAUGUUAUGAACGAUAAGAGGUUUUUUGUCUUCAAUCUCUUUAAAUUCACUUUACCAACUACCCUGGGGUCAGUGGGUGUUCUGUACGAUAUUAUCAAGUCCCUUCUCUCCUGGAAAAAAAUAAAAUAAACUUUAAAAACUCUU